AUGACUUUCCUAAAAUGGGAGGAUUACGUCGUCUUGACAAUAGCUGUGAUUCUAUCCCUUGGUGUUGGACUGUUUCAAUCCCUCCAGAGGGGAAACAUGAACACUACAAAAACGUUCAUCAUGGGGGAUUCAAAAAUGUCAUUUGUACCGGUUGCGAUAUCACUGAUGGUUUCAUACGAGUCGGGUAUCAUGAUGUUGGGAAUUCCAGCAGAGGUGUAUACAUAUGGUAUGCAGUUGGGUAUAUCAUAUUUUGGCUUCUUCAUUGCGGAUAUGACAAGUCGGCAAGUAUUCGUACCAGCCCUCCGGGAAUUGGAAAUAACUAGCGUUUAUGAGUAUUUGGAACUCCGUUUCAAGUCACAUGGCAUUAGAAUAUUUGCGACUGUGUUGAGUAUGUUUUAUAUGAUAAAUUACUUCGGAACAGUUCUUUUUCUACCAGCAAUAUCUCUUGAGGCUGUGGCAGGUAUUCCAACGUGGAUAUCCAUCGUGGUUCUUCAGGUCGUAGUCUUGGUGUAUACCCUGAUAGGUGGAUUCAAGGCUGUCAUCUGGUCGGACGUUAUACAAACCAUGGUCAUGUUAAUUGGAAUACUUGCUGUACUUAUCAAGGGUACAAUAGAGGCGGGAGGAGUGACUGCUACAUGGAGUGCUGUAUACGAUACGGGCAGAGUCAACUUGUUCGAGUUCGAUCCUGACCCAACAAUAAGACAGUCGUUUUGGAGUCUUCUUAUUGGAAGUUCAAUUAGAGGCUUUUCUACUGUUUUUAUGCAAACCACAUUUCUGCGGAUCAAAGCUACACCCAGUUUGCAAUCAACAUCUAAUAUGUAUCUUGUCACCGCCUUUUCCAUUAUGUCGAUGUCCUGGUUGGGUGUGCUGGAGGGAGCUGUUAUGUUCGGCUACUACCACAGUCAAGGUUGUGACCCACUACAAUCGAAACAAUUGGAUAAUCAGAAUCAGCUGAUACCAGCUAUGGUUGUAGAUUUAUUCCAUGACACGCCUUGCAUGCCGGGACUUUUCUUCGCCGCCUUGUUUAGUGCCUCCCUAAGUUCCAUGUCGUCCAUGUUGAGCAGUCUGUCAGCAGUAUUUUGGGAGGAUAUUGUUAAACCUCACACCAAACCGAUGUCUGAGAGGAGGGGGAUCAUCAUCACUCAACUCUCAAUGUUUGUAUUCGGUGUUCUUGGCUGUUUGGUCGCCUUUGUUGUUUCAGGACUAAAGGGUCCGAUAACACGAAUUUUUAAUAUCAUGUCAUCAAGCGUAACGGGGGCGAUGACCGGAGUAUUUCUCAAUACGAUAGUAGGAGGACUGUCUAGUGUACUUUUCGUUGGAUGGAUCUCCGUAGGAAAAUUCGUUUCUACGGGUGUGCGAGUUCAUCCUAAACUGGAACCUGCUCCGAUGUAUAAUUGCCCAUCUGCCAAUAUCUCCAUCCAACUGAACAGCACUAAUUUUGACAGCAUUAGUAGCUCUUUGUACCUAACGAACAUCACAGCGUCUUCUGUGGAAACUGAAAGUCUACCACAAGGUUUAGAUGUGCUAUAUUCCCUCUCCUACAUGUGGCUUGGCGCGUUGGGUGUCCUCAUCGUCGUAUUUGUCGGUACAAUCGUGAGUCGCCUGAGAGAUCAACCACCAGUAGAUCCUGAUCUUUUGGUUCCCGUGUAUGAUCUAUUAAGCUGCCGUCGUCCGAAAUGGACACGGAGACGGUGCCGAUGUGAGACAAGCCUCCCAGAACUCGCUACCGAUUUAAAUGAAGAAGAAAAACCUUUUCACGAAAUUCUUACGAAGGAACAAUCAAUUUGA